CCCUAACCUUUAUCCUCACAACGUUUUGCAUCCUCUCCCAGAGAGUGGGGAGUUUUGAAACGGAGAACACACAUGAACCUUAAACCUAACCCUAACGCUUUACGAAGCGGCGCAGGGAGACUACAUUUCCCAGAAUGCUUUGCCACAAACUCUGGCGGUCGGGAUGCUAUUUCCUAAGGGGGCGGAGUUGCAGCCUGGAUGAGUUUCCGCAGCUGAUUUGAGUAUGGGAGGAAGCCGUAGUGACCUCAAUCCAUCUUAGUUUAGGCCGAACCAAGGACGAAGACGAGGGAGAGGGAACUUAACUUGAUUUCCUUAUUAUGCGCUAUUCGAGGAACGCUAUAAAGAAAACAAUGUAAAUUCGUUUCAUAUACCUUCUUCUCAUACUUUGCCCCAAGUACUUCUCUUGUUUCGCCAUGUCGUCUGGGAGCACGGACCCCACCCCCCCCGAAACAAUAUAUAGUAUGACCCAAUAUGGCAGCGUUCACUUAGCCUCAACUAGGGGCGGAGCCGGAAGCGGUCCCACCCCUCCUCCCCGCCUCUCUGCAGGAGGGCGGGCGGCUUGGAAGGGGCGGGGUUCCGCUUCCGGCAGCGGUGGCUGCAGCCUCGCUCUGGUCCCUGCGGCUGGCGGCCCAGCCGUGUGUCUCCUCCUCCGCCGCCGCCAUAUUGUCUGUGUGAGGAGAGGGGAGAGCGGCCGCCGCCGCCGCCGCCACCACCACAGUGAGCCAUCCUAUAUGACAAAGAAUGCUUUUUAAAGGGGAAAAAAAUCGAGGAAAAAAAUCAGCAAAACCAACCAGUUCAUUGAAAAAGUUAGAAAAAUAUAUGCCUUGUACCUGUGGACCUCCCACCUCUGCAGAGGACUGGGUUGGAGAAAACAAGGGGUCUAAACAAGGCCUUACCCCUAAUUGGCUCUGAAUUGACUACCAUAACUUUAACAUCAAGUCCAGCUUUGCCCGCCAACCUGUCUGACAUGUCGGGACCCGUGCCAAGCAGGGCCAGAGUUUACACUGAUGUUAACACACACAGACCCCGAGAGUACUGGGACUACGAAUCACAUGUGGUGGAAUGGGGAAACCAAGACGACUAUCAACUAGUUCGAAAGUUAGGCCGGGGUAAAUACAGUGAAGUAUUUGAAGCCAUCAACAUCACAAAUAAUGAAAAAGUAGUUGUUAAAAUUCUCAAGCCUGUAAAAAAGAAGAAAAUCAAGCGUGAAAUAAAGAUUUUGGAGAAUUUGCGAGGUGGUCCCAAUAUAAUCACGCUGGCAGAUAUAGUAAAAGACCCUGUGUCACGAACACCUGCCUUGGUUUUUGAACACGUAAACAACACAGACUUCAAGCAAUUGUACCAGACGUUAACAGACUAUGAUAUUCGAUUUUAUAUGUAUGAGAUUUUGAAGGCCCUGGAUUAUUGUCAUAGCAUGGGGAUUAUGCAUAGAGAUGUUAAACCUCAUAAUGUCAUGAUCGAUCACGAACACAGAAAGCUGCGACUAAUAGACUGGGGCUUAGCUGAGUUCUAUCAUCCCGGCCAAGAAUAUAAUGUCCGAGUGGCUUCACGAUAUUUUAAAGGCCCCGAGCUUCUUGUAGACUAUCAGAUGUACGAUUACAGUUUGGAUAUGUGGAGCUUGGGUUGUAUGUUGGCAAGCAUGAUCUUUCGGAAGGAGCCGUUUUUCCAUGGACACGACAAUUAUGAUCAGUUGGUAAGGAUAGCAAAGGUGCUGGGGACAGAAGACUUAUAUGACUAUAUUGACAAGUACAACAUUGAACUAGAUCCACGUUUCAAUGAUAUCCUGGGCAGACACUCCCGUAAGCGAUGGGAGCGUUUUGUUCACAGUGAAAACCAGCACCUGGUCAGUCCAGAAGCUCUUGAUUUCUUGGACAAACUGCUUCGAUAUGAUCAUCAAUCAAGACUCACUGCAAGAGAGGCUAUGGAACACCCUUAUUUCUACCCAAUUGUGAAGGACCAGGCUCGGAUGGGCACAUCCAACAUGCCAAGUGGCAGCACUCCUGUCAGCACCGCCAACAUGAUGUCAGGGGCAAAGUAGCAAGACUUGCUUCGAGCCAAGGCCAAGUACUAGGAUUACUUCAGUGCCAACCCCUUCACCACUUGGACCUCUAGCAGGCUCACCAGUGAUUGCUGCCGCCAACCCCUUGGGGAUGCCAGUUCCAGCUACCGCAGGCGCUCAGCAGUAAUGACAGCCUCUGUCUCCUGAUGCCUGAGCAGAGCCGGGCGGGGGAGGGGGUUCCACUCUUCAUCUCUCCCCUUGAUGCAGUUGUGCCUGGCAGGGGAGGGUAUGGAACACUUCGGAGGCGCCGUGUCUGAACAGUUGCUUGUGGAUUUAUAGUAGUUCAGUCAUUAUAAAAAAAUUAUUAUAGGCUGAUUUUUUUUCUUUUUUUCUUUUUUUUUUUUUUUUACUCGAACUUUUCGUAACUCAGGGGAUUCCCUGACAAAUUACCUGCAGAUGGAAUAUUUCACGGACGAUUCCCCCUUUCCCCCCCAACCCAACCCCGAUCCCAACUCUUCAUCUCAAGAACAAUGAUGAACCUACCCUUUUCCUGGCUGUUGCAUUUAGCUGGAACUCUCUUCCAGUUCCCACCAUUAUUCUUCCACCAGCCCACACCUUGGGAGGUCUGUUGUCUUUGUGCUCUUCUCCAGAGAUUACCAAAAUACAGCUUUUCCAGGGAAGCAGGAAGGGGAAGGAGGAAGAGGGCCCAAUUCUUCACAGUAACGUACUGUUCACUUAACACUCAACACCAGAGGAGCUGGAAUCCAGUAGGGUACACUGGCCCAACCAGUGGAAUAUAUAGUCACAUAGAUGUUGAAAGUUUACCCAAAGUGCACACAGGUCCUAAAAACUUCCAUUCAAUAUGAAUCAUGUCUUAUUGACCUAACCCUAAAUCCAGCUCACUUGCAUGUAAUUUUAGUUUGAAAGUUUAGUUUGAAAAUUAAACACUUGCUCUCCCUUCUUCCUAAAUCUCCAGUCUUCUUCCUUUAUUCCCCUUCCAGUCAAGGUUCCCUAGUAGAGUUGACUGUACUAUAGGUAAGAUCUUUUUUCACCUAGCAGAUGAGGGUGGGGGAGACAAGGAGAAACUUUCCCAGAUUUUUUUACUUGCAAUUUUGCAUUAAAUUUGUUACUGGGUAUAACCUCUUGCCUUUUUAAAAAAAAAAAAUAAAAAUAAAAAGACAAACCCAAAACGUUAUUUAUACCAAUUUCAUGCUAGUGGCUAUUAAAAAACUAGAGCUGAUAGGACAUCAGACCACACCAAGUAACAUUUUGAGGCUUCUUUUCCCCCAUUUGCCUCUUUCCCUCACGUGCCAUCCAGUGAGAACACCUGUGACCUCAGUCUCAUAAAUGUACACUGAGGGGCAGGAGCAAAGCAAAGUCUCUCUAAAUGAAAGUGAAGCAGUAGAUCUGUAGUUGUGGAACAAUAUUAACCAUUGACAACGACAAAGCACCCUUGUUUCAGCCCUGCUCCACAUUCCUUGCUGUGUGUAUAUAUAUAUACUACUUUGUCCUUCCUAUGUGAAAGAUCCAGUGUUGGAAUUCUUUGGUGUAAAUAAACGUUUGGUUUUAUUUAUCAAGGUUAGAUUUAAGUCCCUGUGUAAAGGUCUUGCUGGAUGGGUGUGUCACUUUACACUGAAAGGGUCUGCAGCCAGCCCUGUAUGGAUUGGGGAAGACAACCUCUUCCAUUUUCUCACCCACUUUGAAUGAUUUGUCAUACUGGGCAGUGCAGAGAAGCCUUCUAGAAAUAUCAAGCCAAAAUGUUGAGGAAUAAGGAUCCUUUGCCAUAAAACUCCUUUUGUGUCUCAGCCAUGUCAGGAUUUAGGAUGGGAAAAGGGUGUGUGUGUGUGUGUGUGUGCGCGCGCUGCGCGUGCAUGUGUGUACAUGUAUACAUGUGUACUCUCCACUGUAACUUAGCCACUGAGCUUUAUUGGGUGCACCAUUGGAGAAGCCUAGUUUUUUAAGCACAAUGACAAAGCAUCAGCUCUGGAUUUUCUCCCCUUAUCCCAUUGCAGUAGCUGCUUUUUUUUUUCAGGGUCAGGAAUUCUUUGCCAAUCCCUCCUCAAGUCCUAAAGUCUAUUUUCCCUGACCUUCACUGGUUCCACAAGCCUCUCACUGAGUGUUGUGUGUGAGCAGUUGCUUAGGUUGUUCUAUUUAAUAAACUUAUCUAACUUUAUAACCCAUUUUUGCCUCAGUGAAUGUACUGAGGUAUAGUAGUGGUAGUAAGUAGUGAGUACUGGCGUGGAGGAGCAAUAGGGUUUAAAGGAGAAAAUCGUGGCCUCCUUUUUACCUCACUAUAUGAAGCUAAGGGAGAGCUGAAGGGGAGAAAUUUCUUAGUGCACAUUAGUGUACUUUUAUUCCCCAUGACCACUUGGAGUAAAUAUUUAUUAUACUUUAUUUAGGCCCUAAAAUGAUGUGAAAACUACCAUGUUGACUUUGUGCAGGAAUAGAUGGCACCAACCAUUGUGCCAGGGAUGCAACUUGUGAUUAGGUUUUGCACUGAAUUGUGAUUUUAAACAGGACUCUUUCUAAGGAAUCCUCCUCUUUUUUUAAAAGAGGAGGGAGAGUUGUCAAUAUUCAUUUCCUCCUAAUUCAGAAUAUGUAGUUGUAGCUGAGGUUGAUGAGAGCAGCUACAAACAGCUGGAGGUUCUAACACCCAUCGGCCUUACAAGGAAUUGAAACAAGCCUGGAAAGAAUGCCACCCAUGGGCUUUUUUUUUUUUUUAAAACAAAAAAUAAUUAAGCAAAAAAAAAAAAAUGCUACUUUAGAGCCACUGCACAUGCAUGAAUCUGGAAAGAGGAAAGAGAGUUUAACACAAGAGGCUGGGUGGGUGGGUGGGCAGGUGGGCAAGGGUUUGCAGAGUAACAACUUCUGUGUUGUAAAUUACCUCAUCUGUACACCUUGUUUUGGAGCACAUUUCUCAGCACUCCCUGCGUCUCUGCAUUGCAUUUGAUAGCAGGAAAUUGAUGCCAAUAUGUGAACGUUCUGUUGGCAAUUACUUAAAAGGUUUUUUAAAAGCAUAUUUUUUUAACCUUGUUUGAAGUGCGCCCCCUCACCCCCUUUUUUAGUUAAGUCAGAAAAAAAUUUUCUUGGUUGUAAUUGUAUUGUAAUUGAUCUAACUAAAAACCUAACUGUGCUGGGAAGUUGUGCCAUGGAGGUCUUUAAUUUUUUUUUUUUUUUUUUUUUUUUAAUAAAAACAUUUAAACAAAUGAAAUGUCCCCAGAGCCUGAGUAAAUACACUUUUCUCUAUCCGACUUCGCAUGCAGAGAAAGUGCACUGGAUUGGAAUUGUAGCGUUUUGAGUAACUUUAUUAGACAAUGCAGAGAACUUGAGUUCUAGGCCCAGCUCUGCUACUGAAACCUUGGGCUAACAUCACUUUUCUCUUCCAGGCUUCAUGUACAACCAUGGAACAAGAGAUUCUUUAAGGCUCCUUUUCAACUGACAUUUUAUGGCUAAGAUUUUAAAUAAGUUUUGUCUGGUGAUAAAGAAAAAUAAAAAGUUACUAUUGAUGGAACCUGGUGAUGGGAGAGGUGAGGCUUAGGACUAUUUGUUCUAUAUUCACAUUACCUUGUGUUUAAACUCUUACCUGGAAUUUUACCAUGCUAUUGGGUCAGUGCUUAAAUGGGAAAUGUUUAGAGAGCUUGUUAGCCUCAAAAAAAAAACUUCAGGAUAUAACAGUAAUCUAGAUUCCCAGCUCUAUUUAAAUUAAGCAUUCAAGGGUUGUAUACUUAUUAGUCCUAACAAUAUUAUGGUUCUUGCUGAUUGUGAAUGACUCCAUUAGAAACUUGAUUUUAAGUUAUGUUCAUAACAGGCACUCAAAAAAAAAAUUAAGAAUUAAUCUGGUACCAGAGGUUUUGGAUAAAAGUAUUAGAUGACUCAAGCCUUGACUGUUUCUUACUGUGUGACAUGGACAAAGUUACUUUGCCUUUGGAUUAUUAGCGUCUAUAAAAAUGCGAAGUGGACUAGAUAUGAAGGGAGUUCUCCACCUCCAAUCUUUUUGAAUACUAUUAAUAAAACUGGAUCUUUGCUGGAAGU